GUCCUGGAUACGAUGUCGAGCCCAACAACAGCACCAUCGUCAAGGGAAUGAAUGCGGGCAAGCUGAUCUGGGAGCCCAUGCAUCGGGGUUAUGGUGCUGUGGUCGCCUUGGGAAGCAACUACACCGUUUCAGGCAACUUCCGGGGCGAUAUUGCCACCGAGCUGUCGGAUGUGGUUCUAGAGGAAGUCACCGGGCAGACGGAAGCAGUCAAGGUCACCAUCGGCAACUACACCUGUCAGGUGGCAGCUGUAGAUGAUCGCAGCUGGCUGGGUGUGCAGGGCCGUGCACCCUGGACGGCACCCAGCGUGUCCUGCCUGACACAGGCCUACGAGGCUUCCAGCUUGGUGAAGACCACCACAGCCGCCGCCACGGUGCAUCAUUACAAUCACGAACGAACGAUCGCCUACCGCCUUACCUUCAUUGAUGUGAAUGAUGGGCAGAGGGAGGGUGCAGAUCCUCGUGCUCGCGCCCGGAGCCUCUCUCCUACCCGGGUGCCCGACACAGAAACGGAGCCUCUGGUUCAGGAUCUCUGGGCACGUCGUCAACUUCGGAGUCUGCGGCAAGGGCAGAAUGCCACGGCUGUCGAUGCACCGCAGCCAAGUCGAGACAGCGCAGGACACCCGACCCUCUGCAACAAGCCAUGCAUCGGCAUGGCAAAGCGGGGACUCUGCCAGAGAGGUUCGGCCUGUGGCCUUUGCCACUACCAGCACGAUGAUGCGAAGCCCGACAAGAGGCAGCGCCUUUUGAUGAGCACGAUGCCCCGAGCAGAGCUACUCCAUCUUCUUGCAGAUCUACUUCGGGAGCGUGCAGAACAAGAUGGAGUCCGUGACGUGAGCUUGGCGGUGGCAGUACUUUCCGUCCACGCAGGACUGCUUCCAGGUCGUUUGCAGACGAAGUCUCGCAAGCUUCAGAACCUGCGUCAGGUGCUUCAGCGAAGGAACUUUGCCGGCAUCCUAUCGAUGGCUGCGAAAGAGUGUGAAGGCCGCAGCAGGGAGGUGCUGCUGCAAGAGUUGCGCGCUCUGAGACAGUGCGCCGAUGCGUGA